CCCCCGCCUGUCGCCAUGUUGUUCCCUCGGCGCUGGGCGGGAGCAGCCGGAGUCGGACUCGGGUAGCGCCUUGGCGGCCGCGUCCGACUGUCUCGCUUUCCUCGGUGCCGUGGCCGGGCCGGGUCGGAGCUCCCCGGCGUCCUGGGUGUGGCGGCGAGAAACUGCCUGCAUUCCUAUGAGGAGCCUGGUGCAGUGGUGAAUCGCUUCCCCCCUGUUGUCCACGUCUAAGUGAAUUUUCCCAAGAGUCUGAGAGAUAAUGAUGAUGCUUGAACUGAACAACUAAGAGCUGUGCUGUCCAGUAUAGCUGUUGGCUCUCUAAAUAUGGCUAUUCAAAUUAGCUCAAAUUAAAUCCAAUUUAAAAUUCAGUUCCUCACUCCCCCCAACAAUAUGCCAAGUGCUCAGUAGCCUAACUGUGGCGACUGGCUGCCAUAUGGGACGCCACAGAUGGAGGACAUCUCCACCAUUGUGGAAGGUUCUCUUAGUGCCACUCUAAAGGGUUCUGAAGUCAGAGAUCUUGAGAUUAAUAAUGGCAGGAAAAUCCUCACUUUUCAAAGUAAUUCUCCUUGGAGAUGGUGGAGUUGGAAAGAGUUCUCUAAUGAACAGAUAUGUGACUAAUAAGUUUGACACCCAGCUCUUCCAUACAAUAGGUGUGGAAUUUUUAAAUAAAGAGCUGGAGGUAGAUGGACACUUUGUGACCAUGCAGAUUUGGGACACAGCCGGUCAGGAGAGAUUCCGAAGCCUGAGGACGCCCUUUUACAGAGGUUCUGACUGUUGCCUGCUCACUUUUAGUGUCGAUGAUUCUCAAAGCUUCCAGAACUUGAGUAACUGGAAGAAAGAAUUCAUAUAUUACGCAGAUGUAAAAGAGCCCGAAACCUUUCCUUUUGUCAUUUUGGGCAACAAGAUUGACAUAAACGAACGGCAGGUGUCUGCAGAAGAAGCCGAAGCCUGGUGCCGGGACAACGGCGACUACCCUUACUUCGAAACCAGUGCAAAAGAUGCCACGAACGUGGCAGCGGCCUUUGAGGAAGCGGUGCGAAGAGUGCUUGCCACUGAGGAUAGGUCGGAUCACUUGAUUCAGACAGACACCGUCAGUCUGCACCGGAAGCCCAAGCCCACCUCCUCUUGCUGUUGAUCCUGAUGAGGUUUAACCAACUCUCACACACAUACGAAUAAACAUGGGGAGAGGAGAAUUAGCAUCUGCAGCAAUAGAUCAUAUACUCAUAAAAUUAAACUAACCAUAUUGCUGCUCCAUACGUGGGUGGGAGAAGGGAUACAUUCACUCACAGAAGGAUCUUAUUUACUCAAUGGCAUCUUACAUUUAUAAGUUGUAACGGUUGUCUAAUGUUUAAUUUAAAUAUGUAAGUUACAGAGCUAAUAAACGAGAUGACCAAGACUUUGACUUUGUGAUUAAAACAAAACACUUGAAUAUUCUAGAAAUUGUUCUUUUCCUGGGAAAAUGGAGAACGACUUUUUAUAUAUGUAUAUUUUUAUGUAAUUAGCAUCUAUUCCUGGUUCAGAGGGAAAUUUCCUACAGCAAUAAUGUUAGAUAUUAAAGAUUAAAAUUGAGUGCA